ACCGACGAAUACUGUCGGCUUUAGCGUUUUUUGUCGGAGCGCUCCUAUUUAUAAUUUCCAAAUGCAUCGUUCAACGUUCACCGGUUAUAUAUAAAAAAGAUUACAGUGCUACCAAUUGCGUAACAUGCAAUACAAUUCAAAACAUGCGACUUGCCGGGUUUUAUCUCAUUCACCUGCGAAAAUAAACCACAGAAGUACCUAACACGCCGGUUCGCGAUGUGGAAGAAACCUUGGCCAAUCAUAGUAUCAUCGAUUCUGUGUUUUGCGGGACUUGUUAUAGUUUUUGUGACACCAAUUGUUUUAAAAUCUUUAGUUUUUUACAAUUCUAUUUUAAGACCGGAGUCGCGAGUUUACAAUUUAUGGAAACAUUUCCCGGUUCGAGUGUCUGUAGAUUUUUAUUUUUUUAAUUGGACGAACCCAGAAGACAUCUAUAGUAAGGGGGUCAAGCCGAGGUUUGCAGAAGUGGGACCUUAUACGUACAUGGUGGAUCUGGGAAAGACUGAUAUCGUGUGGAAUGACAACAACACAGUGACUUUUAGACCCAUAAAGUAUUAUUAUUACAGUGAAGACAAAAGUAAUGGAGAUUUGCAAGACAGAAUUACAUGCCCGAACCCAGUGUCUAUUGCAGCUGCCCAUGUUUCCCGAAAUUGGAACUACGUGGUACGUAGAGGCCUCUCCUUAACCCUAUCUGGAAUAGCACCCACGGUUAACAUAUCCCGUACCAUCGAUGAGCUUCUAUUCACAGGAUAUCCAGACACUCUCACUAAAAUGGCCAAAACAUUCCCCUUCUUCGCUGGUACUGAAAUUCCACCUUGGGAACGAUUCGGGUGGUUCUAUAAACGAAAUGGUACUAGUGAUUUGGAAGGCAUUUACAAUACUGGGACCGGGAUAAAUUCCAUUUUUGCAAAAAUCUACAAGUGGAACUAUUGGAGCAAAAGCCCGUACUACGAAGGUACUUGUGCUGAUAUUGAUGGUAGUACGGGUGAGAAGUUUGAUCAAGAUUCGCUUGGUGAUAGAAUUAAGAUCUUUUCCAUGGAAUUGUGUCGGGCGGUGGUUCUUCAAUAUGUCGGUGACGUAGACGUGGAUGGAAUAAGUGGAAGAAAGUACCAACUGGAUGACUACAUGCUAGAUAAUGGUACCAAGUAUCCAGAAACUAAAUGUUCCUGCAGUGGCGACUGCCUCCCUUAUGGUGUGUUUAACAUUUCGAGGUGUCGAUACGGCUCUCCUGCUUUUGGGUCUUUACCACACUUCCAUAAAGCCGAACCUUACUUUAACAGUUUAGUAGAGGGUUUACACCCGGAAAAGGAGAAACACGAUUUUUAUAUAGUCGUUGAACCUUAUACCGGAUUUACACUACAAGCUCGAGCAAGGUUACAAAUAAAUUUACUACUACAUUCCAUUCCUGGCGUAACAAUAUACGAAAACGUGCCUACAGCGUUCCUUCCAAUCAUGUGGUUCGAUCACAGAAUUGACGUUCCAGACAGUGAGCUUUUUAUGCUAAAGCAAAUAUUGAACGUUCGUUGGAUUAGUACCACAAUUGGAGUUGUGAUGAUGGUCGCAGGGUUACUCUUAGUCCUGUAUUUUAUAAUGAAACAAAGACGAAGAAAUGUACGAAUGAAAGAAACUUUGCAAAACAAAGUUGUGUUAAAACGACCGGAAGAAAAAAAGCUGCUGAGCGAGAAAUAAAAAAAUGUUUUGAUUGUUA